AUGGUGGGCGGGGCCAGGGCGUUGUGGGUUCUUCACCGGCAGCGUGGCCCGGGUCACUUCUUGGCUGUGGCUGAUGGCCUCGCAGGAAAGGUUGUUCAGUCAGCCCAAAAAGCCUCCCAUCACCAAGAGCAGACAGCACAGAAUGGCCUGCUGCCCCUCCUGAGCCCUGGGGAGCUCCCUGAUCAGAAACCAUGGCUUCCGAUACCAAUAACUCAGAAACCUCAAGCAGCACCAGGAACAUGAAAGGAUGCCAUCAAGCUUAGAAAAGGAAAAUCCGUAACUUCAUUUGUGUGCACUUACUGCAGUAAAGCUAAAGCUUUCAGGGACAGCUAUCACCCGAGGCACCACAAGUCCUGCAACCCAGGGUUCAAGGUGGUGACCCUAUCUCCCACUACGGUGGUUCCUGUCAUCUCUGCCAGGUUAGCAGGGGACAACAGCAGAACUUCGUUGGUCUCCACCAUUGCUGGCAUCUCACCAACAGUCACUACAUCUUCCUCGGGCACCAACCCCAGAAGCAGUACCAGGACCACAGCUAUGCCCGUGACCCUGGCUAUCAAGAAGAACCAUGCCUACCAGAUGUGUGGGAAGGCCUUCCGGGAUGUGUCCCCCCUCAACCGGCACAAGCUCUCCCAUUCGGACCAAAAGCCCUUCGAAUGUCCCCUUUGCAAUCAGUGCUUCAAGAGGAAGGACCGCAUGACUUACCUUGGGAGGGCUCAUGAAGGAGGCAUCACCAAACCUCACACUUGCAGUGUUUGUGGGAAGGGUUUCCCAAGACGUGCUCUGCGCCUGUGCCACCAAAGACUGUGGACACACAUGGUGCGCCACGAAGGCAAGGUGUGGUGUAACGCCUGUGGGAAGCUUCUGAGUGCGGCGUACAUCACCAACCACUUAAAGACACGUGGGCGGAACCAAGGUAUCAACUGUAGUCCGUGUGAACAAGGCAUCAGUAGAACAUGCAUGAGUGAAGAAAACUGCGGCCAGAAGCAGAAGCAGCAGCAGCAGCAACAGCAACAGCAUGUGCCGAGUUGGGCAGGGAAGCAGGUGGAGACACUGGGGGACUGGGAAGGCGCUGUGAAAGCAAGAAUGAAAGAAACUGCUAACCUGUGCCAAACCUACACGGCUGCCAGGACACCUGUGACUUACACUGCUCCACUAAACAUCACGUCCUCUGGGUCGUCUGGGCCAAUGUCAAACCCAGUCACAGUGGCAUCAGCAAUGAGCAUGAGAAGUCUAGUAAAUGUUUCCAGCGCACUUAAUAUAACCAGCCCAAUGAACAGCGGGCACCCUGUCACUAUAACCAGUCCAUUAUCCAUGACCUCUCCUUUAACACUCACUACCCCAGUCAACCUUCCCACCCCUGUCACUGCUCCAGUGAAUAUAGCCCACGCUGUCACGAUCUCAUCUCCAGCAAACCUGCCCACAGCUAUGACGUUAGCUGACCCUCUCAACAUAGCAGUGAGGUUCCUAGAGGUUUGCCCACAUCACCACCUUGGUAAACAGCGUUAUAAAAUCAAAGAAGAGGUUAAAGGAGCCUACUUGGGGGCCAUAUUUGACUGCAAACCUCCAGCUGCAGCUCCUGUGAAUGCUGUGGCCACAGCCCCCAGCCUGGCUACUCCCAGCCAGUCAGCGCACAUGACGGUCAGUGCGCAGGACAGAGCUCUGGAGGCUGGAAAGUCCAAGAUCAUGGUGCUGGUGUAUUUGGUGUUUGAUGAAGGCUCCUUCUCACAGUAG